AGACACGUUCAUUACCACUGGCUGCUGAAACAGUAAGCACUUUAGCAGUUGAAAGCUUCACAUCUUAAGACUGAGAUGUUCAUUACUGUGAUAUUUGGUGAGGGAAGAGAGGAGAUUUUGAACCUAAAUUGCAAGAUUAUAAACUUCAUCCACUGUAUAAAAGAGAAAUGCAAUCUGGAUCCCCAAGAGACUCUGGACUUGAUGGACAGGAUGGGAGAGUUGGUGAACUUGGCAGAGAGAGCGCAAAGCACCGACCUCGUCAGUAGUUUGCUGAAGGAGAGAGAGAGCUAUAUUCCAUUACGUGUGUCACGAGGUGAAGGCCGCGAAGGUGCAAAGUAUACAGCAGUGUAUGACUUUGGGACAAGUUAUCCUGAGCUAGCAGAGAUUCUGAGAAAACUGUCAAAUCCUUCAAAGGAGAGAGAUAAAAGGGGUGGGGCAUCCAAAAGGGGAGGAGUCAGUCAAAGCCGCAUCAAAGCUGCUAUCAACUUUAAGAAAGCUAUCACAACACCUCGGAGCUAAAGACUUCCUUGCUCUUUCCCUGUGUUCUUUGAACAAUGUUAUAAAUAUUUUAUUUAUAAAAUUCAUUGUAUGACUCCUUUAUAUCAUAUAAAUCAGUAUGAACAAUACAUUUUGUGUAUAUACACAAUCAUUCAAAAGUUUGUGGUCAGUAUGAUGCAAUAAAUUGAUCAAAAGUGACAGCAGAGAUAUUUAUGUUACAAAAAAAAAAAUUGUAAACUCACAAAAAUAUGUUUUCAACGUUGAUAUUAUUAAAGGUUUCUUGAAUACCAAAUCAACAUAUUGGAAUGAUUUCUGAAGGAUCAUGUGACACUCAGAACUUAAAGACUGGAGGAGUAAAUUACAUUUUAAAAUAUAUAUUAAAUGUUUCACAAUAUCACUGAUUUAACUUAGGCAA